UGUAGUGGGCUGCACAGCCGCCUGGCACAGCAAUGCGCCGCGGCAUGGACAUGCAUAGCGUCCUUUAAAUGGUUUUGCGUUAAGCAGAGCUGACGUUAAGAUAGAAGAAACACAUCUCAAUGUUAAUUCUUCAAUGGAUUAUCAUCAUCGAUCCGGGCGGCCGUGGUGUAAACAACUACACGAUGCGGAGUGUGAUGCGGCGAGCAGAGAGUAUGUGCUCCUGAAGACUGUGGCUGAUGAGAGAAGAGCUGCAUUCCACCAUCCGCUCAGACACUAUGGCAGAAGCACACUCAGUGGAUUAAGUCAUAUCCCUCCUUUCCCAUCCCAAUCUUCUCUGCAUUAAAAUCGACGGAAUCGACCGAUUGGACCCAGAUUCACUAAGGUUAUCUACCCCAAGAGCCAGGAGAAUCAAGAUGAAAUUUCCGACUGAGAAUCCAACAAAGCCAGGGAACAUGACCCCUCCACCAGUGGAAGUCCAGACCAACCUGGUCCCCCCCAAGAAGGUGCAGCCAGGCAUGCUGCAGGCCAGCCUGGUGCACGCCAGCCUGGCCACCAUGCAGAACCCUAUGGGCUGCUCUCUCCCACGGCUCUCUGUCUCCGCCCGCCCCCAGAGCAUGGUGGCUAGCAUGGAGGCAGUGGCCGAUGGCUCAGUCUCCUUCACCAUGAUGAAACUGAAGACGGUGCUGGCAGUGUUUGUGGUGGUUGUGGCCUACCUGGUGGCAGGUGGCUUGGUGUUUCAGGCACUGGAGCAACCUUUUGAAAACAACCAGAAGAUUACCAUCACAGCAGAAAAGGCAGCCUUCCUGCACAAACACCCAUGUGUGUCCCCACAUGAACUUGAGGCUCUCAUCAAGCACUCUGUGGAGGCUGUGAAUGCUGGAGUGAAUCCCAUCGGCGAUACCUCCUACAACUCCAGCCACUGGGAUCUGGGUAGUGCCUUCUUCUUUGCUGGGACUGUCAUCACAACCAUAGGGUAUGGCAACAUUGCCCCGAGCACUGAAGGAGGGAAAAUUUUCUGCAUUCUGUAUGCAGUAUUUGGUAUCCCGCUGUUUGGAUUCCUCCUGGCAGGUGUUGGGGACCAGCUUGGGACCAUAUUUGUCAAAAGCAUUGCCAAGGUGGAGAAGGUGUUUCGGAAUAAACACAACCAGAUCAGUCAGACUAAAAUCCGUGUGGCCUCCACCUUCCUCUUCAUCCUGGCUGGCUGCAUCUUGUUUGUCACAAUCCCAGCUGUGAUCUUCAAAUACAUCGAGGGCUGGACGGCUCUGGAGUCAACAUACUUUGUUGUCAUUACGCUGACAACAGUUGGAAUAGGUGAUUAUGUUGCAGGGGGAGACAGAAGGAUUCCGUACCGGAAGUGGUACAGACCACUAGUGUGGUUCUGGAUCCUGGGUGGUCUGGCCUACUUUGCUGCAGUGCUAAACAUGAUUGGUGACUGGCUGAGGGUGCUGUCCAAAAAGACCAAAGAGGAGGUUGGAGAGAUUAAGGCUCAUGCAGCUGAAUGGAAAGCUAAUGUGCGAGCAGAAUUCCGGGAGACGCGUCGGCGCAUGAGUGUUGAGGUCCACGACAAGCUACAGCGAGCUGCCACCAUUCGGAGCAUGGAGAGACGCCAGCUGGGCUUGGAUCAGCGUGCUGUGUCCAUGGACAUGCUUUCCCCAGAGCGCCGUGCCAUCUUCAACAGCCUUGACGCCAACAACUCUAAGACCUCCUCCCAGGAGAGCAUCGAGAUGAAGAUGAACAAUCUUCGUCUGCGAGGGCCCGAGCAGUGUGACCAGAGCUCCAGCCACCAGACCAUGUCUGAGGACAACAUUUUCAACCGCCUGAGCUCCGUCACCAAACUGGCCAAGCGCCACAGGAACAUCCCGCACCAGGCUCGCCGGCCUCACAGCGAGGCCUACGGCUGUAGCACUCCACCUUUUGACUGCAGCACACCCACUGCAAAUGAAGGUAAAAGGAACAUCAAAGGAGAGAAUGAGAGUGAAGACAAGGAGUGCAACACUAGCUUGUCUGAUUUUCCACUGUUUACAGAUGCUGCACAUAAUGUUUGAAGAGAAUGAGAAUGAGAGAACACUUAAAACAAAAGAGUCUCAUAUUAUAGUUUUUUUUUACAACCGCUAUGACCCGUUUGUCAGAACCUUAAAAACUUUUUCAAAACUGUUUACGCACAUCACACCUGAAACACACAAUUCCCCAAACAGUUAAUUUUAAUGCUCAAAAUCAUGCAGUGUAACUAAAUACAGACAUACAGUUCCAAAAUACAAUGAUAAACUAACACAGUUCACCAAAUCUACCAAAGCACGGACACAUGUUGUCUUCCAACAGAAAAAUUUAGUCAGUCACAUCACAGAGUCAUGAAAAACACUGACAACUGAUGGAAUAACACAAACUGAAUCACUUUGCAUGUUUCCAAUCUACUUUUUUUGUCCUUUUUCUUUUACAAUCAACAGAUUAUUGUAUUGAUCAUAAAUGUAAAUUAAUGUUUGUGAUGAUGUUCUUCAUUUUUCAUUUGUUGGGCAUGAAAUUUGUUCCUUUUUUUGUACAACACUCAGUACAAAAAGUGAACGAGCCAUGUCAGAGCAGCUUUACAGAAUGUUUAUGAAAGAAGAAGACAGUAAAUGACAGGAUUUGCAGUAAACACUUUACUGUAUUGCAAAUGAAAAUGCCUUACAGUAGAGUAAAGAGAGGAAAAAAAUCUGCAUUUAGCUGUAUUGUCAAAUAGACAAAAAGAAAAAGGAGCAGAAGCUGUUAUCAAUGUAAUCUUCAAUCCAUUAGUUUUGAACAUGAGGUUUUCUGUUUUGACAAACCGUGUGAAAGCAAUUGAAAAUUCACCAGUUAACAUCUACUGUUUUGGUCUUGAUUGAGCUUGUGUGUAAAAGAAGUUAAAACUAAUUUUAAACAUGUAAAAUGUGUGUAUUUUGUGUCAAAAGAAGAAGAAUUGUGUUGAUUGUAUCGUCCACACAGGCUGAUGUUGUGGUAACUGUGUGAAGAGUUUUGAAAAAGCAAAACAAAAGUAUUGAACAACGGGUCAUAGCGGUUGUAAAAAACUGUAAAAUGAGCUCACGGACGUGCACUCCUACAAAAGGAGAUUUUAAAUAUCACCAUGAGUGCCUUAGGUUUCCUCGUGUGCUUAAGCAUGGACAACACAUGUCCCUUUAUGCUUUUUACUGUAUGCCACAUAUUCAGUGUGCCAUAUGGAUGUAAUACAAUGCAAUACCUUGUAGCGCUUCUAAAUGUAUGCUAUGUCAAAUGAUGGUCAUAUAAAUGAAGGUAUUAGUUAAUAGGUGUUUAAAGGAUAACAACAUGAGUCUUAGUUUCACAAAUUUGGCCAUUAUUUCUCUCAGUUGUGAUGACGUACUCAACUAUGGUACUUGGUGAGGUCCAGAUGCAUAAUCCCCAUGUGGGAAAGCAAAUAUGUUGUUUGUUUAAUAUUGUCGGGCUGGAAUAGUGGCCAGAAGCCACCACAUUUGGGAUUCAAUGGACAAAAUCUUUCCCCGCUGGCUUUUUACCUCUAGCUGGUGAAUAAUACAUAUCAUUGUGGAAAGCCCUAACCAUGUUGUAACAGUGCAAUGCAUUGAUUCACUCCAUGCAAACAACAUAUCAAUGUAUUCUACUACGUUGAUGCAUCCUAAUUCUGUCUUGCCAACUCUAAACUGUAGCCUAGGCUACUGGAUGUAUAGUGUUCACUGAAUGCCUUCUGCUUCAUGUUUGUGUACAUGUCAACCAAAAAAAAAACCCACAUUUGCACGUGGCUCAUAAGCACUGACCAAAGUUCAUUCUGCAUCCUCUGCACAUUGCAUGCACAUCAAAGUUUUUUUUUUUAGGAGUUGUUCCUUGGCCAUUCUGAGGUUCAAAGGACAGAGGGUGUCAAACCCGGAAAAAACUGUAAAGUCCUUUGAGGCAAAUUGUGAUUUGUGAUUCUGGGCUAUAUAAAUCAAUUUUAACUUAAUUUCCAAUACGCAAGGACAACACUGGCGUCAGACUUUGUUGUUAUACUGGCGUUGUCUCAGGUUUAAGCAAUAAAGGUAUUGAGUACUAUGUUAUCAUCAUUGAUAAAAGUGAUGGCCAAAACUGUGUUAUUUCCUGAUCUACUACAAUUACAUCAAGUUUGAAUUAUUGGGUUAGAAGAAAGUAAUGGAAGACAAGUUUAUGGGAUUACAUAUUUAAUGGGACUACUUAUUAAAAAAAAACAAAAUAUCAGAAAUAUAAUAUUUCAGUUGGAGGUGAUCUGAAUACAGAUACUGUUUUGUUUUUUUACUUUAAGGGGUUACAUUAUUACUUUUGUCAAAAGGUUAUGUUUAUGAUUUGUUUGUCUGGUUGUCAGCAGGAUUAUGAAAAAAAACUGCUAAUGCUAUUACUACCACUACUUCGACUAACUUGAUGAAAAAUGAAAUGAAACUCCUAAAAUGUGCAUAUAAAUGUGAAUGAAAAAGAUUUAAAACAUGCCACAUCUUGUGCAUGAUCCCCAAGCUAAGCUGUUGUCCCAGUACAAUGUAAAAAAUGCUACCUAAACCAUGACCUCUUUCAACACUAUCUCUGGGCUUGUUGCCCUAAUGUUCGAUGUUGACAUUGUGUAACAAAUGCUCCAUUCAUGAGCAUAAUCCAAGUGGACUGUUUCAUACUGUACAUGGAAGUGAUGGAUGAGUUUGAGACUAUGAGAUUGAGAUUAAAGCACACUGCUAAGAUUGAUUACGAUUGAUAAGAUCAGACAUUAAAAAAAAAACAUAUUCUCUAGAAGCAUCAAUACCUCUUUGAGGAAUUCUCAAACUCACCCUAAUGGUUCAAGGAAGAAGGAAAAUUUACUCGUAUUAAACAAAAAAUUGUAGUCCUAUGGAAAACUUUUUCAACGGGCUGCUAUGCCACAGUCAGCAUCUAGCAGCCAUUAGUGGUACUGCACCUCAAGGCACUUUGGUCUAGCGGUAGCUUUCAGCCAUGGUGGUGGCUGAUUGAGUGUACAACACUAUGCAUACCAUUGUCAUAUUAAAAAUGUACAACUAAGGGAAAUGACACCCACAUACACAAGAAAUGUGAACUGUGCCACUGAUUGUAUUACAGUGAUAUGAUGAUGCUAACAAUGUCCUUCACUUCCCAGUUUGUCUCAUCUCACCUGUGUAUGCAUACAUGUCUGAUCCUGAUGUCACAUUACUAAGUGAAACCCUAGCUACUGUGAGUGCAUUAAAAUUAAGGAUUACAUAGACAAGGACCUUAAAAUGGAAAAGCUUAAAAAGAAAAAAAACAAGACUUGGAACAAACAAAGCAUGCUAUAUUGCAAAACUAUAUUAUGAUGUAAAUGGUGUUGAUUGUUUACCACCACGUGCUUCAGACAAUGAUGUUUACCAUGGCACUUUUUUUUAACUGACUGUGUUUGAUGCACAACCAGUAUAUGCUCUGUA